GUCACCUAGCGGGGAUAACCCUAGGCGGCGGGCGCUGGCCCGAGUCCGCCGGUGACCUCCUCGCCCAGCGCUCCGGGCGCGCGCUGCGGCUGCUCGCGCACGACGCGCGCCGCCGCAGCCUCGGCGCCGUGCUGCUCGACCCGGCCGCCGGCGCGUGCCUCAACCGGGAGCUGCUCGCUAAACACCUGGCUACCGCUGACGGAUCCAUUGACUUUGAAGCCCUCACUGCGGAAUACGAUUCUACAGAAAAAGAACCAAUCCCACAAUCACCCGAAAAUAGUGAAAACGCCACAUGCAAAAAUUAUGAAACAAUGGCAAAAAGGUAUCAGGAUGAGUUCCAACCCAGAUCAAACGAAACGCUCCGAUUGGAAGCGAAGAUCCUUCUCUGCGAGUCCCCGUCAUUGAUAUACAUCUCAUUGGUACACCAGCAGAAAACAUUCCACGAGCUGUUUGAAGAUAUUCAGAAAUUCUACUCGAAGCGCAAAACUCCGCGCCGCGAAAGAUGGAAAGAGAACGAUAGAUGCUGCGCAUUUUGUAUGCAGUCACAGACAUGGCGUCGAGCCACCAUCCUCAAAACGAAAAAGGACCAAGUCACCGUAUUCUUUACAGAUUUCGCUCAAACCGAGACUGUUUCGAUAUCGAACUUGAAAAAGUUGCAUACCGAUUUUGAAGUGAUAGGAGACGCGGCUAUAAAGUGUCACCUAGCGGGGUUGCUGCCGGCGGACGGGGAGUGGCCCUCGCUCACUAAGGAGUUCCUGAAAGACAAACUGGAGGAGUACAAGCGCGUGUUCGUGACGAAAGUCGGCGAGUUCGAGGACAAGAGCAUGCCGAUACAGCUGUGGGUGUACCACACGGAGCUGGGCAGCGCGCUCGAGCCCAACGAGUCCGAGUGGCGCUGCCUCAACGCCGAGCUGGCGAGUCGCGGCCUCGCCAUCGACACUCGACAGGUGAGACGUGAGACCAUGCCGAUACAGCUGUGGGUGUACCACACGGAGCUGGGCAGCGCGCUCGAGCCCAACGAGUCCGAGUGGCGCUGCCUCAACGCCGAACUGGCGAGUCGCGGCCUCGCCAUCGACACUCGACAGGUGAGACGUGAGACCAUGCCGAUACAGCUGUGGGUGUACCACACGGAGCUGGGCAGCGCGCUCGAGCCCAACGAGUCCGAGUGGCGCUGCCUCAACGCCGAGCUGGCGAGUCGCGGCCUCGCCAUCGACACUCGACAGGUGAGACGUGAGACCAUGCCGAUACAGCUGUGGGUGUACCACACGGAGCUGGGCAGCGCGCUCGAGCCCAACGAGUCCGAGUGGCGCUGCCUCAACGCCGAGCUGGCGAGUCGCGGCCUCGCCAUCGACACUCGACAGGUGAGACGUGAGACCAUGCCGAUACAGCUGUGGGUGUACCACACGAAGCUGGGCAGCGCGCUCGAGCCCAACGAGUCCGAGUGGCGCUGCCUCAACGCCGAGCUGGCGAGUCGCGGCCUCGCCAUCGACACUCGACAGGUGAGACGUGAGACCAUGCCGAUACAGCUGUGGGUGUACCACACGGAGCUGGGCAGCGCGCUCGAGCCCAACGAGUCCGAGUGGCGCUGCCUCAACGCCGAGCUGGCGAGUCGCGGCCUCGCCAUCGACACUCGACAGGUGAGACGUGAGACCAUGCCGAUACAGCUGUGGGUGUACCACACGGAGCUGGGCAGCGCGCUCGAGCCCAACGAGUCCGAGUGGCGCUGCCUCAACGCCGAGCUGGCGAGUCGCGGCCUCGCCAUCGACACUCGACAGGUGAGACGUGAGACCAUGCCGAUACAGCUGUGGGUGUACCACACGGAGCUGGGCAGCGCGCUCGAGCCCAACGAGUCCGAGUGGCGCUGCCUCAACGCCGAGCUGGCGAGUCGCGGCCUCGCCAUCGACACUCGACAGGUGAGACGUGAGACCAUGCCGAUACAGCUGUGGGUGUACCACACGGAGCUGGGCAGCGCGCUCGAGCCCAACGAGUCCGAGUGGCGCUGCCUCAACGCCGAGCUGGCGAGUCGCGGCCUCGCCAUCGACACUCGACAGGUGAGACGUGAGACCAUGCCGAUACAGCUGUGGGUGUACCACACGGAGCUGGGCAGCGCGCUCGAGCCCAACGAGUCCGAGUGGCGCUGCCUCAACGCCGAGCUGGCGAGUCGCGGCCUCGCCAUCGACACUCGACAGGUGAGACGUGAGACCAUGCCGAUACAGCUGUGGGUGUACCACACGGAGCUGGGCAGCGCGCUCGAGCCCAACGAGUCCGAGUGGCGCUGCCUCAACGCCGAGCUGGCGAGUCGCGGCCUCGCCAUUGACACUCGACAGGUGAGACGUGAGACCAUGCCGAUACAGCUGUGGGUGUACCACACGGAGCUGGGCAGCGCGCUCGAGCCCAACGAGUCCGAGUGGCGCUGCCUCAACGCCGAGCUGGCGAGUCGCGGCCUCGCCAUCGACACUCGACAGAUUGAGGGCGCCACCUCUGGAGACGACGAGCUGUGUUUCCUGAACUUGCGCGGCUCUGUGAAGGAGUGGCUGCUGCCGCCGCUGGCCGGCUCCACCGGCUCCGACGACGGCGCCGAGUGGCUGCCCGCCGAGCCGCUGCAAGCCCAAGAGUUCACCGCUCUGCCCACAUACAUAGACAACGAUGGCAUCAUCUACUUGCACGACGUCUCGCAGGAUGACGACUUGGAGUUCAUCCGCGACACGCUCGAGAUGGCGUUCAAGGAAGAGGACCCCAAGGCGCCGUACUGCUCGUGGCGCGUCGGGGAGCUCUGCGUGGCGCGGUACUACCUCGACUCCAAGUUCUACCGCGGGACGGUGCUCGAGGUCAACCCCGAACAGGCCAACUGCCUCGUCCAAUACGUCGACUACGGCAACUCCGAGCUCUGCGCCUUUACCGAUCUCAGGAAACGCGUUGCUCUACACCAGAUCCCCAUCCAAUCCCACAAGGUCUCGCUCGCCCGCAUCAAGCCCGUCGGUGAGCAGUGGGACCAAACCGUCCUCGACUACAUACACAAGGCUAUCGUCGAGAAGAAAUGCUUCGUCAAAGUGGCAGCCCCGCCGGUCAAUGACGUCACACCCGUCGACCUCAAGUAUGACAAACUCUGGAUUAAUGACCACUUGGUCGAGUUCGACUUGGCUGAAUACAUUGACGGCUCCAAGCCUAUAGAACGCAAGUUUAAAAAGAAAUCUAAACACGCUUCAAGUACAACAGAAAAAAACAAAAGAACUGAAACUGAGACGAAUGUUAUUGAAAUAAAUAAUGGUUCCGAACCAGAUUAUAUUGUUGAGGAGGAUAUAAACUCCUCGCAAGCGUCAGGCUCGCCGGACUCCUUCAAAAUGAGCACGCUGGUUGAUCAAAACGGCAGUGCGAGCGAGAAAAACAACUCUAACUUAGUCUCGUAUCUGCGACACGAGGAUCGAGAAUUUAGCUGUAGCAUACCCGUGAUAAACGACACAAACUCUUUAGAAUUAAUGAUCGUUCAAGAUGCGGAAAUCCAUGUGAUAUAUGAAGCACUUUUAGAUAUUGUGAAAGAAGUGGGAAAGAAUAUGCCGCCGUUAGAUGGUAUAUACGAGUACAAACCGUGCAUCGCGCUCUUCGAAGACCACUGGUACAGAGCAUCUAUACUAAAGUACAGUGAAGCGAAAAAUCUGGUUAAAGUUCACUACGUGGACUACGGGAACAUUGGGAUAGUUCCCUUGUCUGACGUGAGGGAGAUAAGUAAAGAUUGGGUGUGCCUGCCGCCGGCCUGUGUCACGGCGCGCCUGCACGGCGUCCACGUCAACCCAGAUUUUGACCCGGACGACGUCACCAAAGUCUACAUCGAUACGUUUCUCGACAAAGGGCCGUUCCGCGUUACUAUUGUGGACUAUGUGGACUAUGACAACUCGGUGCCCCUCGUAGAAUUAAGGAAUACCGACGGAGAACUAGUGUAUAAGAAAUUGAUUGACGAAAAAGUGUUAUUACAUAAUACACGCGAUUGUCCUGCUUCUGAACAGAAUUUAGCUAUAUAAUUAAACAAUCUGAGGACUGAUCUGGAACCUGAUCUGAUCAAAAUUUCAA